AUUGUAAAAAAAUCAAACCAAACCAAACCUUCCCGUCCGGUUUAGUCCGAUUCAAUUUAUUGGUGGUUCUAACUGGUUUCAUAGUUCCUCACGUGCAACCAGAGAAUGACGGAUGAAGGAAGAAAAGGAUAACUUGCAAAUUAUCCAAAGAGGCUACCACGCAAAUCUCUAUUAUAAUUCUUCCUCUUCCACUAUAACUCUUCUUUUUUCCUCUCUCUAUAUAACGUUCGGUUACAUUCUUUUUCGAGUUUCGACUCGCUUGUACACCCCCAAUGAAAACCGGCUAUCAGAAUGGGAGCUCAGCAGAGCAUCCAUGCCGGCAAAGCCAAGAUAGACUUCAAUGUUGAUUUCACCCACAAGCUAUGUGCUGCUUUGAUGUUCAAUCCUUUCAGCAGGAAUUCCGGUAAUCCACUUUCAUUAGUUAUUGGAAGUCUUUGCAUCAAGCAUCCGAAUUUAUUUGGCAAGAGCGAAAAGCUAGAUAUAUUGUGGGAUAAGGGACUUUAUGAUUCCAGUAUAUUGAUAGCUUACAGGAAGCCGAGGCCCAAAUGGCUCUCUCAACAAUCUUUUGUCAUUCAGCAUUCCAUUUCUCCUGAGAUUGGGAUCCAUGGUUUGCCUGUCGACAACUUCUCCCGUUCGGGGAGUGGUGGUGUUAAUCUGUGUCGCAUUUCAGCAGGGGUAGAUCUGAAUGAGCCUGCAAGUUCUCACUGGAGCAGCACAACCAGUAUAAAGUUUGAGCAUGUUCGUCCAAUUAACGAUGAUGGACGCUUGGUAAGCAGAGAUCUUGAUGGGUUUCCAGUGACCUGCAGUGGCGGUAAUCAUGACAGUAUGGUAGUAUUGAAGCAGGAAUCUCAAUUUGCAAAGGCAAAUGAUCAUAGCUUCACUCGAUUUAGUCUACAAAUAGAACAAGGGGUUCCUGUUUUAUCUAGGUGGCUAAUCUUCAAUCGGUUCAAGUUUGUUGCAUCAAAGGGAGUUAAACUUGGGCCGACAUUUCUCUUGACAAGCUUGACAGGUGGUUCCAUUGUAGGGGACAUAGCUCCUUAUCAAGCAUUUGCAAUAGGGGGUCUUGGUAGUGUGCGGGGGUAUGGUGAGGGUGCAGUUGGAUCUGGUAGAUCUUGUCUGGUUGCUAACAGUGAAUUGACAUUCCCUCUGAAUCAGAUGUUAGAAGGUGCUGUUUUCUUGGACUGUGGAACUGAUUUGGGCUCUGGGCAUCAGGUUCCUGGGAAUCCUGCUCACAGACAUGGCAAACCAGGAACAGGGGUUGGGCUUGGAUACGGCCUUCGUUUCAAGUCCCAGUUGGGUCGCUUGCAGGUUGAUUAUGCUAUCAAUGCAUUUCAACAGAGAACUCUAUACUUUGGCUUCAGCAACCUCGCUUUAUGAUAGUCCCAACUCCAAAAGUGGUAAAUCCCAUGCCUUGAUCUUCAUUAGGUGGUCAAGCCAUCCCUUUUUGGGGGUUAGUUUGGGAUGAGAUACGGGUUCUAAAAGGCAUUGAAGGUCCCUAAUUUGGAAGAAGUAAUAUACCAUCUGUGCUAUACCAGCAGGAAAAGAAUUUGUAGAUCAUGUUCUGAAAUAUCUUCAAGCUGCUGACAUGAAAGGGUGUAUUCAUUUUGUGGGAAUCAAAUAACCUACUUGAACCUUUCUUCACCUGAUCCUUAAUCAGAUUAGGCUCUUUUUGUUUAUUCUUUCAGUUUAAUUCACAGUGAAAAUUUGAGCUCAUUAAUUUGUAUGAUAGAUUUGAUACCAAUUAUUUGAUGUGUUGUGAGAGAAGGGAAAAAAGGAAAACUACAUGGAUAAUUCAUCCUCUAUUUCUUUGAUUUGCAACAUUCUGUUUUACGAGCAUGUGACAAUAAUGACGCUGAAACUAGGGGACUUUGAUUUGUCUUUGAGCA